AUGCCAGUCUACCCAAGAAACCAGAGACCCCUCCACGCGGCCCUCGCUGCAGACAGACAGCGUGCUCUCGAAAAAGCAAAGAUGAAGGCUGCAUCAGCCGAAAAGACAGAGGACGGCUUUGGCGGACGUAACGAUUCGAAGACGCGAGACAAUAUGGAAGUGGUCGGCACUAAGAAAGCUAGAAAAUGGCUCGGCAGCUUCCACAUAACCUCGAAGACCUCGAACGAGAACUCAAAGCCUCGCACAUCAGACUACCAAAGCCUGUAA